AUGCUUCCGAGACAUAACGUCCUCGGUGGAUAUCCCGGCGGAUACGCGAGCAUACCUCGAAGAGGUCACGCUCCAGUCGUUCAUGAAGACGCAGACAACCGUCAUAGAUGUUCUUCUAGCCACAGAGACGCAGAAAACUGCGGAGUUACAAGAAAAUAUGCAAAGAAGAGUGGUAUGAGCUGUCGAAAUUACCGAGACACGCACCAUCGCUAA